AUCCCCUUCUUCUCCCUCGCCCGCAGAAGGGGCAGCUGCACGGCGGGAGCCGGUCCGUCCCAGACGCCUUGGUGGGGGGGAGAGAGAAGGGAGGAGGGGGGGGGUUCUUUCCUGCGCUCCCGGGAUUCCUCCGUGAGUUGCCUGCGGGCAAAAACCGCUUUGGCUUCGGAAAGAGGAGGAAGAAGGUCGCGCAAGGGCCCGGUGGGGGUGCAAGAGGUACCGCCCUGCGCGGGUCUCUCGAUCCCCUUUGGGAUCCGUCGGAGGACAGACGGCUCCGGCCAAGCAGGGCGAUGCUGUGCAGUGGUCAUCUACUACUACUCCUGGCAAGUAUUCCUUAUAGCUUUCUGCUGAAGAACUACGAGGAGGAGGAGGAUGAAGAGGAUGACCUGUCACUGUCAACAUCCCAGCCCCAUGGGGACCCUGCCCAGAAUGUGUCUGGUUGCCCAGCUAAAUGCACGUGCCCAACAGAGGAGACUGUGGAUUGUGGUGGCCUCGACCUGCACAUUUUCCCCAGCAAUAUCUCCACAGAUAUCCAGCAUCUUUCAUUGCAGAAUAACCAAUUGCAAGAGCUACCCUACCAUGAACUGUCCCGUCUGGUCAACCUACGAACCCUCAAUCUCCAUGACAAUCUGAUCACUUCUAAUGGUCUCCCAGACGAAGCCUUUGAGUCACUCCAGUCACUUCAGUACAUCUACCUGGCCAAUAACAAGCUAUCCGUGGCACCACAGUUCCUACCCCACACACUGCGCAUUGUGGAUCUUGCUGCCAACCACCUGACGUGGCUCUAUCCACUCACCUUUGGGCAUAAGCCUGGUCUCAGGUCUGUUUAUCUGCACAACAAUUACUUGAAUAACACCGGUCUGUCCUCUGCUGCUUUCAACGGCUCGGAUGCUGUCAGCACCCUGAUCCUUUCCAACAAUCAGCUCACCUAUGUGCCCCAGAAUUUGCCCCGUGGUGUUGUUCGCCUCCAUUUGCAGAAUAAUCACAUUUCUCGUAUCCCUAAAGGGGCCUUGAGCAGCCAGGGGCGUCUCCGGGAGCUUUACCUGCAGAACAAUAAUCUAUCCAGUGGGGGCCUGAACCAUCCCGCCUUCAGCAAGCUGAAGAGCCUCGAAUACCUGGAUCUCUCCAACAACAACUUGACGGAAGUUCCUGCUGGUCUUCCUGCCAACAUAGUAAUACUACAUUUGGGCCGAAACCGCUUGAAGGGACUGCCGCCUGAGCGUCUUAGCCGUGCGCGGGGCCUGCAGUACCUCCUAUUGCAAAGCAACGCUUUAACAACUUCAGGGAUACACCCGGAGGCCUUUGCCCACCUGCGCUCCCUCCACACACUCCAUUUGUACAAUAAUCAGCUUGAUGGAAUCCCACCUGGACUUCCGCGGCGCGUCCAGUCCUUGAUGCUGCUGCACAACCAGAUUGCCCGCAUUGGCUUGAAUGACUUUGCGGCCACCUAUGCUUUGACCGAGCUCAAUCUCAGUUACAACCGGCUUUAUAGCGCCCACAUCCACCGCCUGGCCUUCCGCAAGCUUAGGCUCCUAGAAACUCUGGACAUCUCUGGCAAUAGGCUCACGCUUCUCCCUGCUGGGCUGCCCAUCAGUCUUCAAGUCCUCAACCUUCAGAAGAACCAGCUCAACGCUCUUUCUCCAGAACGGUUAGUUAACCUCACCGUGCUUAAGGAGCUGCACCUGGCACACAACCGGCUGAAGGUCAGCAGUAUUUCUCCAGGCACUUGGCAUGAGCUGCGUGGGCUCAAGCUCCUGGAUCUGAGUUUCAAUGAGUUGUCAUACGUUCCACCAGACCUUCCAGAAUCACUGGAAUAUCUAUACUUGCAACACAACAGAAUUAUUGUCAUUAUGGCUGAGACUUUCCUCACAACAUUCAACAUACGGGUCAUCUCUCUCAGAUCCAAUCGCUUACUGGCAGCCAAUGUGUCGGAAGAGGCAUUUGCGGAUCUGAAAUUCCUGGAAGUUGUAGACCUGGCGGGCAACCCGGAGCCGAUCACCACCUCUCUCCUGCACGCUAGGCGCCAGGCCCAGACUCAGAUGGGCACCUAGGAAAGCAGCCUGGAAGAGAUUGCCACCUAGAAUUCUCUGCACUACUCUACUUCCUUAGGCCUUCUGAUGAAUCUAACCUACCUGCCAACUUCUGGAAGGGGUUUUGUUGUACAGUGUUUUACUCUUUCGGUUUCUGUCAGCCAAAUAAAACAAAGCCGGGGCAAGCAAGUUGCUUUUCUUGGGAGCAAAACUGGAAUGCUGAUUGCCAGUGGAUCUCCGUUUGGCUUGGCUAAGCUUUCCAGGAACUAAUUUGACAGUCAUACCCAGAAGAUGCUAGUGCCUCCUCCUGCGCUCGUUUGCAAUAUUGGCAAGGGCAUUAAAAUAUUCAGUGGAGCACUUCGCCCACAGUUCCUUCUUCUGCAUCACUUCUCACAUGUAUUUCCAAUCUAAUAGCCCGGCUUGCUGCAGUGAGCUAGAAAGUUGCAAAUGCCAAGGGUUUUCUUUCCCGUGUGUCAAAGCCCAUUUAAUCGUUUUGCAAAGGAGAUGGCGACAGAAAUGACAGCUAGGGUUCACAAUCACACAGAAUUAAUAGCCAGAAUUAUUGGUGUUUUGAUUCUUCUACAUUUAUAGACUUGGGGCAACAUUCAAAAGAACUUACCUCUAGAACGUGCCUCCAGAAAUCGUGGUGCUCCAUCACUGGAGGUUUUCAAGAAGAGACUGGACUGCCAUUUGUCCAGAAUG